AAGUUGCUUUGCCCCCAGGAAGUAACUGCUUGGUACAUAAAGUGUACUUUGUACUAGAGACAAACUGUUGCCAGCUAUAUUUUCAGCAGAACGAUGGAAGCUGACUCUCCUUUUUUGUUGGCGACAGUGUCUCUUGUGUCUGCCUUGCAGAUGGGCUACCUCGCCCGGCGAGUUGGUUUAUCCAGGAUGGCCCAUAAGGUCCUGCCUCCCUCUGUCACUGGACCGCCAGAGUUUGAACGGACUUUCCGUGCACAGCAGAACUGUGUGGAGUGUUACCCUGUAUUCCUGGUGACACUGUGGACCUGCGGUAUGUUCUUCAGUGAGGUGACUGCAGCUGCAGGAGGACUGGUAUACAUAAUCGCCAGACAACUAUAUUUCAACGGAUAUGCCAAGUCCACCAAGAAAAGGUUACCUGGAUUUUACCUGACUUUGGCUGUCUUUUUCACCCUGUCUCUACUGGGUUUGAUUGGAAUUCUGAGAGGAAUACUACACAAGUACUUCCACAUCCACCUCUGAAGAUUUCCCUUCCACCAAAUUAUGCAGAGCCAGCACUGAAAUAAUAGGACAUGAGGGUUAUUUCAGAAAUAAGAUUGCUCCCAGGAUACACUCAUCCUUCAGUAAUGUCCAAACCCCAGAUUCAUGUUCUUUUUCAUUGUUUUGUGACCUUACAUUUAAGUUUCACAUAUUUGAUUGAACAAUGUGUUUAAUUUUUCAAAGUAAAAGUAAAAAAAUAAAAGCUCAAGCUUGUUUAUAUUACAGUGAACAAUGAAAUAAUACUCUCUUGCGUGAAGAGUCCUUACACUUAAAUGUAGUACUUCCAUUUUUAAAAACCAAACAAAUUCAAGGUUGAUUUAAGAGAAAUAAACUGUUUUUAUAUUUA